AUGACGUCGGAAAAAUCAUCGGCGAGGCCUUUGCCGACUAUUCCGCAUCUGGAAGACCCAGCAUUGGAUCCCAACUUUGAGUUCUACCAGGAAGUCAUUCAACCGGCUGGAGGUAUAUCUAAUACAAACCUAAAAAAGAACCAAAAACUGGGCUCAGGCCAAUUUGGUGUGGUGUUUUCAGGAAUACUUAAAAAAGAUUCAGUGCAAAUCGAAUGCGCGAUUAAGGAACUACUUGCGGGACAGAGUGACGAAGAGAUCCGCAAGUUCAAGAAAGAAGCAGCUCUGAUGAUGGAGGCCCACAGCCCUAAUGUGGUCAGCUGUUUCGGUGUGACUAUUGACGAGCCUAUCUGUAUCAUUCAAGAACUCAUGCCAUUGGGAGACUUACAUACGUACCUGAGGACGCAGGGGGCUCGGAGAGCUACUAUAACCGUAGGCGAACGGUACUAUCUCAGCUACCAGAUCGCCAACGGCAUGAACCAUUUAGCGCAGCACGGCAUUGUACACAGAGACCUUGCGGCUCGUAACUGUAUGCUGGGACACCCUACACCCAGAACAUUUGGUAUUCCUGUGGUCAAAAUAACCGAUUUUGGACUGUCGAGGUCGGUGCAGGAAGAUUCGGAUUACUAUAAAAUGAAUUCGGAUGGCAAGGUGCCCAUACCUUGGAUGGCUCCCGAGACCCUCAAAGAAUUCAAAUUCACGGAAGCGAGUGACGUCUGGAGUUUCGGUGUGACUAUGUGGGAAAUCUUCUCAGACGCGGCAACGAAGCCAUAUGCAAACGUCGCCGCAAAUCCGUUCGCCAUCUUGCAGUACAUAACAUCAGGUCAACGUUUGCACCAACCCACUGGGUGUCCGCAAGAAGCUUACGACACUAUGUUAACUACCUGGGACGGCGACAGAACGGCACGCCCAUCGUUCUUUAGCCUCUCAUGCACCAUCGGUUACUGCUUCAUCCCGCACUGUGUCACACCGGUGACGGUGAUAGUGAAAGGCAAGUUCUCGUUGAUUGUGAUGAAAGAUGACAUCCCCUCUGGCGGUGACUACUACGACAACAUACUCCAUCCCGACGGCGAGGACUACUAUGAGUACUCUGAGUUUGAAGAUACAAUGCGACGGGAAGGCGCCAGUCCUAUGCCUCUGAUUGGCGCUCCAGUAGCCAUAGAGGCAACGAGCACACACAACUCACCCAUGACACAGGCCGCGGAUAUGGGAACGUCUACGCCUGUGGCUAAGCAGAAGCCAACUAACACAGCCACGAGGUUAGCUAUGCCGCAUGAUAUAGAUGCCAGCAGCAAGGUACCUAUCGCGGACGAAUUAACCGGAAAAAGACAGAGAAGUGGAUUCUUCAAGGGAAGAACUCGAAAAUUCUGGAUCAUAUUCUGGUCGGUGGUAGCCGCUAUAAUCAUAAUUAUCGCUGGUGCCGGUGCGGGCGUUGCCAUAGCAACGAGCGGUUCAUCCGAUUCUUCGACGUCCAAUCUGUGCGAAAACGUAGCGUGUACAAACCCCGAUUACAUCUGCAAUAGCGCCAGCGGCAUAUGCGAUAUAGCUGCACCAGCAAAUCCCGAAGUGACUCAAAGCAUAACUCCCAAUCUAAGUCCUAGUCCUAGUUCUAGUCCAAGUACUAGUCCGAGUGUGAUCGCCUCUGCCAGCGCCAGUCCCACCGCUAGUUUAUCGCAGUUUGCGUCCCCCUCCACUACACCCACUUUCAGUUUUAGCCCUACCCCUAGCGGUCUACCUGUAGCCACAGUCACAGCCAUACCUGUGUUUACUCUUACACCUACCCCCACUGUGACGGCCCCUAUAGUAGCCGUUUCCACGAGUCCUGCGGCCUCAGUGGUACCCAGUGUUCUGCCUACCGACUCGUCGAUGCCGACAGUAACCCCAACGGCUUCGCCAGCUGCGUCGGUUGUUCCAUCACCCGCGGGAACCCCGGCGAGCACUCCUACUCCGGAAUCUACUCCCAAUCCUACCCCGGCAGCUACACCCGACCCUACCACAGAGCCUCCCAUAGUAGUGACCACAUCCACGACCAUCGAAGAACCGACUACACCUGAAGAACCAACCCCUGAAGAAACUACACCGGAGGAACCAACACCCGAAGAAACUACACCCGAAGAAACUACACCCGAAGAAACUACACCCGAAGAAACUACACCCGAAGAAACUACACCCGAAGAAACUACACCCGAAGAACCAACCCCUGAGGUAACUACACCCGAAGAAACUACACCCGAAGAACCAACCCCUGAGGUAACUACACCCGAAGAAACUACACCCGAAGAACCAACCCCUGAGGAACCAACCCCUGAGGCAACUACACCUGAGGAACCAACCCCUGAGGUAACUACACCUGAGGAACCAACCCCUGAGGAAACUACACCUGAGGAAACUACACCUGAACCGACGCCUGAGACACCCAACGAACCCGCAGCCGAAGAAGCGCCAGCGGACACGCCCUUGGAGCAGGCAGACGAAGUGGCCCCGGUAGAGCGCAGAGUGGUGAGGUGAGUGGGAUACUUAGAGUGCAACCUGCUCAGGCCGGGACCGUGGAGAACAAGGAUGCAUAUCGUCUAUUGGUAAUAGACAAUUAAUUAGGAGGAGUCUGCGGGGCCAGGCACGCCCGGUAGGACGCAGGGCAGUCGGCGCGUAGCACACCUUGUUGCUGACUGGGGUUCAGCGAGGAGCGGCUGGAGUCUCAUUCUACUGUGGAAUGGUUGAUUACGGCCGAUCUCAGACAAGCAAGCCUUAAAAAGACUAUAUCUGGGUUUAUUGGCCACACCAAAGGUUACAUGGUCUCCUCCUCAUUCUAUUUGCGCUAUAUCACGAUCCGUUGUCAGUUCAGGGAUUAUAUAUAUAUAUAUAAGAAUACCAAAAAGGCCGAUCUGGCUUACAUAGUCGCGAUGGAACGUACGCGGAUGUUUAAUGCCGAUAAGGUGCUGUAAGGGCUGGUGUGCAUGGCAUGCCUGGUUGGUGUGUCGAUCGGACGGAAAUCCCAGAGGUUGUGUGGGUAGGAAGUCUUUGCACUGUGUCUUCUCGGUACGUCGGCUACUGCAGAACCAACUAUACACAUUUGUCAAUGCAAGGAUAUGGGGCCUUUGGGUUUCUAACGGCCUUCCAGCUGGUACUACUAUACGGUGUGAAUGAUGAGAUGCAUGCGGGAAACCAAAUUUUACGAGCUAUGGGAUAUAUUGCAGUAAAACCAUGUUUAGAGCUAUGGAGUGGUAUCGCUUUGGGCGGUGAGAAAUUCUCGAGAGAUGUUGUCAGUAGACAAGAUGUGCUUCUAAAAAUAGCACACACUGAGACCCCGCUUUGAACGGGCUUCGGGUUAUUGCACCCAGAAUGCUAUAUAGUGGACAUGCCACGGCAUACCUUGACACUAUGGUUAUACACAUAGACCAUGAGUACUUUGGACUCUCGAUCGCCCGGUUUCUACUGUAGUCGUCGCUCGAAGUGCCCAGGCAGCACACAUUCAACAUUUAAACACUAAACAGCCUUUGAACUGGUUGGUUCUCAGGAAAUUAGGAGUGGUUAUGGCCAUUGUGCUGGGGUAACGGUGUUAAUAGUUCAUGUAAGUUGGUAAUAUACAAAUAUAAAUGUAGCUUGACUCAAAGCAACAAAGCUCUCAACUAAAACAAUAAACGUACUGAAC